CCUACAAAUCCCAGCACGCCGGGGAGCGGAGCUGCGCCCAUCCCGCUCCUGCCUGCUUCCUGCAGCGCGGGCAGGGGGAAAUAUAAACAGCAGCACCCGGGGCACGGCUGGCAUGCUGCCGCCGGACACGCUGUGCCGCGGAGCAGAGGCGGCGCUCGGUUAAAGGCUGAGAGUUGAAGAUGGCAGAGCCGGAAAACACAGUCAUAAACACCAAUGUAAAACAGAAGGACCCCAGUACAGCACUGGUCAUUGCUGUGACCACCAGAGCCAUCUUCAACCUGGAGGAGGAGCACAAGCUCUACCUGGAGAAGGGCAAGGAGGAGUACACAAGGCACCAGCAGGCCAACCAGGAUAAGCCCUUGCUACCAGGCACAGCCUUUGCCUUCAUCCAGGCAGUGCAGUAUGUUAACAAGAAGAUCCUGGAGAGCAACCCAGCAGAGAGGGACCUUUUUGACAUCCUGGUGCUCUCCAACAACAGCCCAGAGAGCGGCGUGCGCAUCAUCAACAGCGCCAAGCACUACGGCCUGGAGAUCUCCAAGUUCUGCUUCGUCAGUGAUGAGGACUCCACGCAGUACCUGAAGUCUCACGGCGUGAAGCUGUUCCUCUCGGCUGACAGGACAGAUGUCUGCAACGCCCUCCGGAGAGGGGUCUCAGCAGCGCUCGUCUUCCAGCAGGAGGUGCAGGCCCCCAGCACUCCACUGCGCGUCGUGUUUGACGGGGAUGCCGUGCUCUUCUCUGACGAGACAGACCAGAUCUUCCAGGAGCAGGGCCUGGAGGGGGCAGUGCAGUACGAGCGGGCGAUGGAGGCCAUCCCCAUAGGAGAGGGUCCCCUGAAGGCUUUUGCCAUGCACCUCGGGAAGAUGCGUAAGAAGUUCGGCCAGGAAGGAUCCCCCAUCCGCACCUACCUGGUGACAGCGCGCAGCGGCCGGGACAUGGGCAUCCGAGCCAUCAGGACGCUCCGGGAAUGGGGUCUGCCCAUCGACGAGGCUUUCUUCAUGGAUGGGGCUCCCAAGGGCCCCAUCCUCGCCCAGAUCCAGCCUCACAUUUUCUUUGAUGAUGGGCUUCAUAACAUCCAAGGGGCUCAAAAUGUGGGGGUACCCUCUGCCUGGGUCCCCUCCUGCUGCUGACAGGCUGCAGGCCAGCAGUCCUCCCUCCCAGCAACACAGGGAACUGGGUCAGUUGGAGGCAAAACUUCUGGUGGAGAGGGAAAGAUCUAACAGCAGCAAGCAAAUCUCAGGGAAAGGGGAUGGGAGCAUGGACUCCCAUGCAAAGCUUGAUGCGUAUAUCUGCUCCUGAUAAGAGGUCCUCUACAUCUUAGGAUAAAGCCUCCAGGAUGGGAGGACACCUUUGCUGUGACACUGAGGACUACACCUAUCUGCCAUGUAGGACCUGGGGAUUUUUCUCAAAGAAAUAAGGGAAGCUAAUGCCACACACACAAGCUGAAGGAAGCAAGAAAAAAAUGCUAUUUUUGGCUGUGCUCAGACAGUCUACAAGAUGGAGCAACACAGGAAAGACAUCAGCCUGUUGAGCCGAGUCCAGAGGAGGCCAACCAAGAUGAUUAAAGGGACAGAGUAUCUCUCCUGUGAGGAAGGGUUGAGAGAGUUGGGAUUGUUCAGCCUGGAAAAGAGAAGGCCUCAGGGUGACCUAACUGCAGCAUUCCAGGACCUGAAGGGAGCCUACAGGAAAGAUGGAGAGGGACUAUUUAGAAGAGCAUGUAGUGACAGGACAAGGGGGAAUGGCUUCAGACUGAACAAAGGCAGAAAGAAGGAGUGAGGCCGUGAGGCUGAUGAGGCACUGGAAUGGGUUGCCCAGGGAAGCUGUGGAUGCCCCAUCUCUGGGAGGGUUAAAUGUUAGGUUAGAUGGAGCUCUGAGUAACCUGGUCUAGUGCAAGGUGUCCCUACUCUCACCAGGGUGGCUGCAACUGGAUGAUCUUUGAGGUCUCUUCCAACCCAAACAAUUCUGUGAUUCUGUGAUGUACUCCCAGGAUCUCUUCCUAACGGGAGCCCUGAAGACCCUGGCUCACCAGACACACUCAUCUUGGUUUCCUGAGGAGACUGUUGUGGUAGUGAGUGCUUCAGGCAGCUCUAGCUGAACUCAGAAGAGGGAGAAAGACUUCAAAACUGCAAAGGACCUACAGAUCUUUUAGAAAUGUGUGAAUGGGUUGAAGAAAGAAAGUUCAAGCUAUUCCUCCUCGUCAAAGACAUUAUAGCACAAGACAGCUUUCCUUAGGCAUGCACACUGCUCACAGAGUGCUUCUAGGAGACAGACCUGUAGGACGCUCAGUUCCUGGAGCUGCAAGACAGGGACAAGGCUGCACCUCAGCACUGAGGUCCAUCCAGGAGACGGAACAGCUCCGGUGUCCCACCAGGAGAGGGCACUGGAGAUGGGCUGCCUGCAGCGCAAGCCGUGGGGGGGCCAGGGCUGCAGACAGCACUGCAGGGGCUGGGGCAGGACUGGGUACUGCAGCCAACCUUAAAUGGAUCUCGAGGGCCAUGGGUGGGGGGCAUGGCUAGGGGGUCUCAGGAGAAACUGCGCCUUGCACAUGGUGUACGUGGGUGUGCUCGGUUCUCUGCCUGACAUCGCACCACACCCUGAACAGGGAUGCCUCUCCUCUGGCAGUUUGGACUCAGUUCUUCAUUCUCCUGGGAAUCAAGGCACCUGCAAGGUUCACCUGCAGGUUUCUUUCCCCAGGGCUGGAUGUGAGUUGCCACUAGAGGCCACUGUGCUGCCUGGGGACAAGGCACCUCAAAUCUCUGCCAGCUGUCCAGAAACGCCUCAUAAAAAAAACACAAAUUGGCUGCCCAGGCGGCAGUGGGAUUAUGGACAAGGAAAAAAAGAUUAUGCUGUCUUAGGUUUUUUUAAUCUCAAUGUAAUCGGAAAAUAAUUAUUUUUAAAGGCUUCACAAGUGUUGCUCUCACCAAAGCUUUUUUCCCGCCCAAUAAAUAAAUAAACAAGGU